CGUCGUCUAUUUCCUCCGUAUGCUUCUUUUAAUGUGCAGUCCUCUGGGACUUUCUUUUCUUUCUCAUACAUUUCUUCGAUAGGAAGGUUCAGCCUUAAACCGCGUUCAUCGCUUUCGCCUUUGAUUGAACUGCAGUUCAAUCUUUCUCUGGUAGGUAAGAAAUUUUUGGGGUUGGUAUUUCUGCAAACUUGCUAAAGAAGCAGUCUCUGGUGGAGAAGCUACCCCUUCUUGAAUAGGUGUUAUGAGAAGAUGGUCAUGAACGAUUAUGAUUCCGAUGCGAUUAGUUGGGGUCUUCGUCUUUUCAAUGGGGAUUCAUCGUAUAGUUCCGAGUACUUUCCUGACAUGGCACAACACGAUGUUAAUUUCUAUGAGCAUUAUUAUGGAAAUCAUUGCAAUAAUGAGGUUAAUCAUGUGGAGAACGAUGAGAUUAUUGCGCACACUCUUCAGGAGGAGUUUUCCCAAUUAGAAAUCGCAGAGGCCUCGGGCUAUUCAAAUAUAGAAGAUCCCUCCCAAGCAUCUAAGUAUGAGCUUGGUUGGGACAAUCCAUCCUCAAGGAACUACGGUUCAGAAAAUGAUUCUAUUGAAGAUGUAGUUGAAACUGUGGAGGCUUCUAGUUCAUGUUCUAGUCCAGGUCAAGAGGAUAGCUACUAUCCACAUGGGCAUGAUAGUCAAGUAGAUUGGAAAAUGGAUCAAGUGAUUCCAGCACCCCAUGUCCCAAGAAUUAAUGGUGAGAUUCCAUCAAUUGAUGAAGUAACUUCAGAUCAUCAACGGUUGCUGGAUAGGUUGAAGGUAUAUGAUUUUGUUGAACGUAAGGUUAAAGGGGAUGGUAAUUGUCAGUUCCGUGCUUUAUCAGAUCAACUAUUUGGAACAUCUAAUCGCCACAAGUUGGUGAGAGAAAAUGUUGUGAAUCAGCUCAAGUCACAUCGGGAGAUUUAUGAGGGAUAUGUUCCCAUGGCAUAUGAUGAUUAUUUGGAAAAGAUGUCCAUGACUGGUGAGUGGGGUGAUCAUGUAACACUUCAGGCAGCUGCAGAUUGGUAUGGCGUUAAAAUAUUCGUUAUGACUUCUUUUAAGGAAACCUGUUGUAUAGAGAUUCUCCCCAGUUUUCAGAAGAAAAGGCAAGUCAUUUUCCUGAGCUUUUGGGCAGAGGUGCAUUACAAUUCAAUCUAUCCCCAAGAAGUGUCUAUGUUUCAUGAGCAAGCGACUCCUCGAUGCUUUUCAACCUCAUUUCUUUCACAAGAACAGCACCAUGAGUGUAGGCCUCAAUCACAAAUACUUAAGGAUGAUAGAACAUCUCAGAUGACUCUAGAUAGGAGGCUUAUCGGGAGGAGUGUUUCAAUUGAUGAAGGGAACCAGAUUGACCAUGAUCGUCUGGUCUGGGAGCUUAAGCAUCAAGCGGUUGAGUGGCCUGGUUUAAUAUCAUCAUGGCCAUCCUUACAAAUGGGGGAAAAUAAGAUCGCAGCGAUCGAGAAACAAUCCAAUAACACUGGUAGGGAGAUGCUUGUUAAAGAUGAAGUAGAGAAUGUCAUUGCUCUUGCUAAGAAAGCUUUGUCAGUUUCAAAACAAGCAGCAUCUUUAGUUGGCAAGUCUGAAUUAGUUGGAACUAAUCUGGACUGUUCUUCUCCUGAAGAUUCUCUAAGCAAGGAGGGGAUAACUGUAAAGUCAACUAGACUGCAAGACAGACGAUCUAAGAAGCGAAAGGUGCCAAAACAUGUAACAAUGAUUCAUGAGAAUCAUUCCAGGCGGAAAGAUACACGGAGAAAAACAGGCGAAAACCUUGAUCCUAAUGAUCCUCUACGACUGUUCUUGUGGGGCCCUGAAACAACGAAGCUUUUAACAGCUGAAGAAGAGGCCAAGUUGAUAGUCCAAGUCCAGGAUUUAAUGAUACUGGACAACGUGAAAGUUAGACUUCAAUCUCAGUUUGGCCGUGAACCAACUUUGGUUGAAUGGGCUGAAGCCCUAGGGCUUACUUGUCAACGCUUACAGUCACAGCUUCACUCCUUUCGGGUCAGUCGUGAAAAGCUGAUUAAUGCAAAUUUGCGAAUGGUUGUUCACAUUGCUAAACGAUAUCAGGGUCGUGGUCUCAGCCUUCACGACUUAUUGCAGGUAGGAAGCUUGGGACUUAUGAAGAGCGUAGAAAAAUUCAAACAACAAGCUGGUUGCCGCUUUGCCACUUAUGCCUAUUGGUGGAUUAGGCAAUCAAUUAGGAAGGCAAUAUUCGAACACUCCAGAACUAUUCGUUUGCCGGAAAAUGUAUAUGGCCUCCUCGGGAAGGUAACAGAGGCAAAGAAUUAUUUUGUUCGAGCAGGUAAUUAUAAACCAUCUAAAGAAGAGUUAGCUGCCCAUGUUGGAAUUACAGUUGAGAAAUUGGAUAAGUUACAGUUUAUGUCGAGAAUCCCACAGUCAUUGCAGCAAACUGUAUGGGCUGACCAAGAUACAACUUUUCAGGAAAUAACUGCAGACUCUGAAGUUGAUACCCCGGAUAUCAGUGUGGAGAGGGAGCUUAUGCGAAGGCACAUACGGAAUCUCCUUAACGUUCUCAAUUCGAAAGAGAGACAGAUAAUCAGAUUACGAUUUGGUAUCGAAGAUGGUAAAGAGAAGACACUGUUGGAAAUUGGCAACAUGUUUGGUUUGUCCAAGGAGAGGGUGCGACAGCUUGAAAGCCGAGCGUUAUACAAGCUAAAACGAUGCUGCAACAGCCAAGGGCUUGGCGCAUACACCAAUUUACUGAUAUGAGAUCAGAUGGCCAAUGCAUUUUGUUGUAUAUGCAUCAGCUUGGUCUGAACAUUUCAUCUUCCGCAUCAGAAGCUGUAGUUUUGGGAAGUUGGAAGGUCUCCAUCAAGAAUUCUGCGUGAUACAAACAAUACUUUUUGUAAGUCAAGCAGCUAUGUAUUGUAUGUAUAUGAAGGUCAUUUGUUAUCCUUUUUAGGUGCAGUACAACCUGGUACUGCUCUUCAAGAUGUCGAGCAAUUGAUACUGAUGAUAUGUGCUGACAUCUUAAACUCUAUCUUUUAAUUCAUUCCAGAGAUGAUAUUCAACGAAAAUGAAGGAACAGUACUUUUUUCUCGCA